AUGGGGAUCACGUUGCAAUCAAAACAGGUCGAUGGAGGAUGUCUAUUGAUUCUCUCUAAGGGCGUUUGGUUCAAGGUUAUCGUUGAUAAUCUUGGUAUCCUCUGCGGCCAGGAUGAUGAAAUCGCCGCUACCGUGCACGAUUACGUCCUCGCUUCCAUCCCCGACCUCCUGCUGCAAUCCUUCCUCCAUCCCAUCCGCAUCUUCCUCCGCUCACAGUCCAUCACUCUCCCCCUCACCUACGCCGCUGCAGCAGCCGCCCUCCUCCACCUCCCCCUCAACUGUGCCCUCGUCUUCUACCUCUGCCUCGGCAUUCGCGGCGUCGCCUUUGCAUCCGUCUGCACCAAUCUCAACCUCCUCCUCCUCCUCGUCUUGUACAUCUAUUUCUCCGGCGUCCAUCGACAAACUGCGACGCUCGAUUUCUCCAUCGACUGUUUCAAGGGAUGGCGUUCUCUGCUCAAUUUGGCGAUUCUCAGCGCUAUCUCGGUGUGCCUGGAGUGGUGGUGGUAUGAGAUCAUGGUCCUCCUUUGUGGCUUCCUCCUCGAUCCCAAAUCUACCGUCGCCUCCAUGGGUCAAGGCUCUGGCGAGCCCUCCGGCGCCGAGAACGGACGAGAGGGCGGCGAGGUUACAGAUGUUGAGGGGACACCGAGACACAUCAGUGUCGAAGCGGUGUUGCAGGUCGUUCUUCUCCUGGUCCAAGGUGCAGGCUGCGACCAGCUAGAAUUUAGCCUUCUUCAUAGGGUCAAAGUUGUCUGGGGAAAUCGGGGUGGCGCUACAGGAGGCUUCACUGCUUUGGUUGAUGUUCCUAGUGGUUCCACCUCCGCCACUGCCACCGUUGCUUCUGCUAUUAGAGAAGGCCCUCUUCUGCUAAGUCAUCAAUUGAUCUCAUGUGGAGAAGACAUGGCAGAGGCCACGAUGACUGGAGGAGAUUGA